AUUACAUUAUAAUCAGAAUUAUAAUAGAAUAGAUGAUGACCAUAAACAUAGAAACUCCCAAUCAUACUCGAUACAAUGGACUACUUCACAAAAUAGAUACCACUGAAAAUACAAUUUUGUUACAUUCCGUAGUAAACUAUGGAAAAGCUCACAGACCCAUUAAAUAGAUCAUCUCAGAUACUGAAAAACACAAUUAUUUUGUACAAUUCCCUUUGGAUUAUGUCAAAACAGAAACCAUAAUCACUACAAAUGAUGGGAAAUCAUACAAAGCAAAACUAAAAAAAAUAGAUCUUCAGACUAAAUUCCCAAUUUUGCAGGAUAUCAGAUUAAUGUGUAAAGAGUGUGAAGAAAGAGAAAGAAAACCUUUCGACUUCAAGUCCCAUAGAGUGAUAACAUUCGAUAAAAAAUAGUAGAUUAAAAUGAAAUAAUCACUUCACAAUUAAAAUAAAUCUGUUGAUCUUAAAUCAUCCUACCCCCCUUGUAUCACCAACAAUUACAGGUAGAUGGCAAAAUUUAAAGAAUUAACUGAAUAAAUAGGUUAUAGACCAAAAUUAAAGUGUAAAAAUUGA